AUGCUGAUAUACACCAACAAUAGCAGUAUUGUCUCAAAACGAAGUGUUGAGCGUCUCUACUACCCAGAUGAACCGCAUUUUUUCCGAUACUUCGUCCGCAAAUUCCAGCGUAGAGCCCCGCUCAUCAACAGAGGCUACCAUCUGAGGCUUCAUGUCAUCGACGUGACCUUGCGUGACUUUCUGCGUCAGCCCUCGGAAAAGAGAAAGGUCAUCGUGAACCUAGGCUGCGGGAGUGAUGUUGUUCCCUGGCAGUGCUGGACUCGCUACCCCGAGCAUUGCAGUUCAUCCCAGGCCGUCUUUUUCGACGUGGACUUCAACGAACUGGCCCGGCGGAAGCGUCAGGUUAUCCUUGAGACGCCGGAGCUUGCCUCGCAGCUGUCAGAAGUUCAGGCCGGGGAAGACACGCUUUAUCCAAACUUGUUGCUGCGGAGCAAGUGCUAUCACCUCGUGGGCUGCGAUCUUCGGCGAAGCGCCGAGCUGCAGCAAGCGCUGAGUUCGGUUUUAGACCCUAAAAAGUGCAUUUUCCUAUUUAUUGCGGAAGUGUCGAUCACGUAUAUGGAGAAGAUUUCGGCAGACGCUUUGAUACAAUGGGCGAGCAGCCUCGGCCAAGCUGAAUUCUGUCUACUCGAACAGAUACUUCCCGACGGACCCGGCCAUCCCUUUGCUCGUACUAUGAUGGAUCAUUUCAAUAAGCUCUCAACGCCCAUCAAGUCAGUGGCUACCUACCCGGAUGUGCCUACCCAGUGCGCGCGGUUCGCGGGCAGGGGUUGGUCAGACGUCAAGGCUCAAUCUUUAUGGUCGGCCUGGAAUGAUGAUCUUUUCCUGUCUGCAGAUGACCGGCGGAAGCUGGAUGAAGUCGAGCCGUUUGACGAGUGGGAAGAGUUCUGUCUCUUCGCUAGUCACUAUCUCAUUCUGCACGCCGCAAACUAUGGCAAGGAGCGCGUGAGGCCGUGUUCAGCAGACAGCUCUCCUGAGCCCCUGAGCAUCGAGGCCACUACGACUUACAAGCCACUCACCGGCCAUCUUGGUCUUCGUCGAUUUGGCGCAGCCUUGAUCGCGAGCGAUACCCUUGGCAGAACGUCCAUCUUGAACUGCAUGGGUCUUGGCCCCACCACUCGUCUUCCGUCGUACGACAUCUAUAAGCUUUACGGCUCCGGCGUCGACAUCAGGGCGAAGCCUACAGGGCCCUCGAGCCGAGGAAAGUCAGGGGCGACGACUAUCUCCAGCGCGGUCAUGGUGUUCGACCCAGACAAGGGCUGGGUGACGUGUGCAGUCAACGGCUCACCUGCACCACGGCCGGUCUUUGGCGCCAUGCUCACGUGCUCUGGGCGUGAGCAAGAGGGCAUACCCACUUUCCAUGGUUUCCUCAUCGGGGGUGUGUCGGAUGGUGUUAUACAGAGCCAGAUAUUGGCCUGGGAUCUUGUCCUGAGUGAUCACGAGGCCCCUUCAAUUACUUUCAAGCCGGUCGAGACAGAUGAGGCCUCUUCCACACUCCUGCCUCGCUUCGGUGCCACAUGCGUCCAACAAGAAGACUGCUUGGUUGUCCUGGGCGGCGUCGGCCAGGAUGGAGUAAUUCCACAGACACAGGAAGUACUGCUGUGCUCUAUGUUUGGCUCCAAAAUACAGGUCACAGGGUGCAUUCCUCUCUCGGAUGCCGGGGAGGGCCAGGAGAUCCCCAGACCACUGAUCGUGGGAUCAUCCGUUGUGUCCCCGCAGAAUGGGCAAAUCGUCAUCCUUGGCGGUGGUGCGACGUGUUUCUCUAUGGGAUCAUUCUGGACCAGGGGCUCGUACACCCUAUCUGUUAAGAGCUUAAGCCGUGGCAUGUCGCCUCGCCCUUUGCCACGCCGAACAGGUUGGGAGUUUUCGGGCAUUGGUGAGAUAGACCCGCGGCCCUCGAUCGCCCCAGACCGGGGCUUGGACAGCCAACCGGCUGAAGUCAGGCCAAUCCCCCGUGUCAAUGUUUCGUCGAAGGAGUCGUUUGAGCACAUUGUCCAGCAAGGAUCACCCGUCUUGAUGGAGGGGUUGGACAUUGGCGUUUGCCGCAGCAAGUGGACACUGGACUAUCUCGCGGAACAGGUGGGAGAACGCCAGGUUGUUGUGCAUGAUUGCAACGUUCGAAAUAUGGAUUUCAGCGCAAAAAACUUCCGGUACACCUCGAUGGCAUUUGGUGACUUCGCCAGAGAGGUUCGCAACGGCGCACGUGUCUAUCUGAGAGCUUUAUCUGCUGAUGCUCCCGCCAACCAACCCGCAAAUCUGGCCCACGACUUUCCUUCGCUGGCUGCUGACUUCAGGCUUCCCGAGGCGCUGAAUAUGUGCUUGGAGAACAUGCACAGCUCCGUACUUCGAGUUUCUGGCCAGGUGGAUAUGUGGCUGCAUUAUGAUGUCCAGGCAAACGUCUACUGCCAGGUCAGCGGGUCGAAGAGGAUGAUUCUCUUCCCGCCUGCAGACGUGGUCAAAAUGUCCUUUGCGCCGGGAUCCUCAAGCUCGAGCACCGAUGUGUUCAGCUGUCUUGGCUCCCUGGCUCUUGGCGGCACUCAUCCGUGGGAGGCAAACCUGAACGCAGGCGAUGUGCUGUUCUUGCCGCCUCUCUGGUUGCACACGGCCACGCCCACUAGCAACGCCAGUGUUGCGGUCAACGUCUUCUUCCGCAACCUGGAGUCUGGCUAUUCUGCCGGACGCGACGUGUACGGGAACAGGGACCUUGCGGCUUACGAGAAGGGCCGGCAGGAGAUUGCUCGCAUCUCGAAGGCAUUCGAUGGGGCUCCCGUGGAGGCCAGGCAGUUCUACAUGCUCAGGCUCGCCGGGGAGCUCGCCGAGGCUGCUCGAGCUGAUCAAUAG